CGUCAGGUCCUUUCCGAGGAUAAGGAACAAGCCGCUACCUACACCUGCGCUUCUGUGCAGUGCUAAUAGUGUCAGCGCGGGAGGUGAGGCGUGAAGUCCUGUUCCUCUCAGGCUACAUCAUGCCACGGGAGAUUAUCACCCUGCAACUUGGCCAGUGCGGAAAUCAGAUUGGAUUUGAGUUCUGGAAGCAGCUAUGUGCAGAACAUGGCAUCAGCCCUGAAGGUAUUGUGGAAGAGUUCGCGACUGAAGGUACCGACAGGAAAGAUGUAUUUUUUUAUCAGGCUGAUGAUGAGCAUUACAUUCCAAGAGCUGUUCUUCUGGACUUAGAACCGAGGGUUAUCCACUCUAUACUUAAUUCUCCAUAUGCCAACCUGUACAACCCUGAGAACAUUUACCUGUCUGAACAUGGAGGUGGUGCUGGAAACAACUGGGCUAGUGGUUUCUCACAGGGAUUCGUGCUUUGCCAUUCAAUAGCAGGUGGAACAGGCUCUGGUUUAGGAUCUUACCUUUUGGAGAGAUUAAAUGACAGGUAUCCCAAGAAGUUGGUCCAGACAUACUCUGUUUUCCCAAACCAAGAUGAAAUGAGUGAUGUUGUGGUACAGCCUUACAACUCCCUUCUAACACUUAAGAGACUUACACAGAAUGCAGACUGUGUGGUGGUUUUAGAUAACACAGCUCUAAAUCGAAUUGCUACAGACAGGCUGCACAUACAAAACCCCUCAUUCUCUCAAAUCAACCAGUUGGUUUCUACCAUCAUGUCUGCCAGUACCACCACACUUAGGUACCCAGGAUACAUGAACAAUGACUUGAUUGGUCUCAUUGCCUCUCUUAUCCCAACCCCUCGUCUACACUUCCUGAUGACAGGAUACACACCGCUGACUACUGAUCAGUCGGUGGCCAGUGUGCGUAAGACUACAGUGUUGGAUGUCAUGAGAAGGCUACUGCAGCCUAAAAAUGUUAUGGUAUCCACUGGCCGUGACAGGCAAACCAACCACUGCUAUAUUGCAAUACUCAAUAUCAUUCAAGGGGAGGUGGAUCCUACACAGGUGCACAAAAGCCUUCAGAGGAUUCGAGAGAGGAAGCUGGCAAACUUUAUCCCAUGGGGACCUGCCAGCAUCCAAGUUGCUUUGUCAAGAAAGUCACCUUAUUUGCCAUCUGCACACCGGGUCAGCGGCCUAAUGAUGGCCAAUCACACCAAUAUCUCCUCGCUGUUUGAAAGGACCUGCCGUCAGUAUGACAAACUGCGAAAACGUGAAGCUUUCUUGGAGCAGUUCCGCAAGGAGGACAUCUUUAAGGACAACUUUGAUGAGCUGGAUAAUUCAAGAGAAAUUGUACAGCAGUUAAUAGAUGAAUACCAUGCAGCUACUCGUCCAGACUACAUUUCUUGGGGAACCCAGGAUAAAUAAAGGGUCAUAUCAGGGUUAAACACUUGGGUGCAAUGUGUGUCAUUUCUGUAAGAGAACUUAAUCUUUAACUGUAAAUACCAGUCCUCCAAGCCAAAAGACGUUGAAACCUGGAAAGUGGCAAGCAUUAACUGCAAGAGCACUAUACAAAACAUACAACAGUUCUGUUGUAAAGACUAUUGUUGCCUCCCAAUUUAUCUGUGCAGUUUCUGGAUCAUUUGUUAUUUGGGCCAUUUCAGUUUGUGUGUUUUAAGUACUACAUUUCAGCAUAUACAGUAGGAAUAUAUAGUUAACCUGUAUUCAUCUUUCACAUUGUCUCCUAAAGUAGAUUGCGUUCCAUUAGAAGGAAAUGAAAGCACUUAUUGGUUACUAACUUUUAAUAAAAAGGCAACUAUCGUA